AUGGCACAGGAAAGUAGCUCAGGCCGUGUCCCGCCAGCGUCUAGAAGACCCGCGGCGUCGAAUCCGACAUUUGGUCGAAAAUCCACCGGACAAGCUGGAGAAGUGCGACAGCAAUAUCCACUUCAACAGCUGUGUCAGCAGCAGCAACAACAGCAAUGUCCGCCGCAGCAGAAGUCUCAGAUUAGAAAGCAUAUGGACCGAAGCGCGAAUUAUUCAACCUCUGCUAAUUAUAAUGCUACUUCUGAUGCCAGAACUAGAGCUGUGCAACCAGCGAGGGCUGAGAGCAGUGUCGGCACAUCAUUCCUCGACAGAACCAGGCUGCCUCAAAAUGGUUUUGCUGCCGCCACGUCACAUUCAUCGUCCUCA